ACCGUUUAGCUGUUGGCGUGAUUUAACAUUGUAACCGUUGAAUCUGCCACGAAACGAACUGCCUCCGGCCACGUGCCGUCGAUCGGUCUCUUUCCCGCUCAUCGGCCCGCCGAAUACCGUUCUCGCUCGCCGCCCAUCCCCCAACUCCGUCGUGUUUUCAGUCCCUCCGCCACGUGAUCACCACGCAAACAUCCCGCGCGCAGGAUAUCCCUGUCUCAAAUUCCUUCUCCCAUUUGAACACGGCGGUGUUUGCAUCGAAGAACAUAAACACUUUUGGGAAUUAUUAUUAUUAUUAUCGGUAGAAGCGUUGUUGCGAAGGUUUGAAUGGUAGCAGCUUCCGAAGAAAUCGUCGAAAAUGGGUGAGAAUUCCGUGGAGGAGACGGUGUAUUUGCAUGGAGAUUUGCAGCUACACAUCAUUGAGGCGCGAAAAUUGCCCAACAUGGACUUGGCCGCCGAGAGGCUCCGCCGCUGUUUCGCCUGCGACGUCUGCCGGAAGCCUCACCAUGCCCCCGACGACGGCGGGGCUACCAUGUCGAGUUACUCGGAGAGGAGAAAUCACCUCAAGGGAGUUAUAGCUACGGACGCUUAUGUUACUGUUUCGGCGCCUCAAACUAUACUCGCCCGUACUCGCGUAAUCCCCAACGCGCAGAACCCGGUGUGGGAGGAGCAUUUUCUCAUCCCACUGGCCCAUCCAAUGGCGUGCUUGGAGUUCCGCGUGAAGGAUAACGAUGUAUUCGGAGCUCAGAGUAUAGGGAAAGUGAAAAUUCCGGCCAAGGAUAUCGCCAGCGGCGAUGAAAUUUCCGAUUGGUUUGAACUGAUUGACCACUCCGGGAAGCCUCCCAAAUCCGGAGCAGCUCUCCGUAUUGAAAUGAAUUUCAUUCCGUUUGAAACCAAUCCCCUGUAUAAGCACGGAAUUGCAGGCGAUCCUGAGGUAUUAGGUGUUAGAAACACAUAUUUUCCCUUGAGAAAAGGAUGCUCAGUGAAGCUGUAUCAAGACGCUCAUGUUAAGAACAAUCUGGAAUUGCCGGAGGUUAAGCUAGAUGGAGGGAUAGCGUAUGAACGAGGUUCUUGUUGGGAAGACAUAUGUCUCGCGAUCUCCGAGGCUCAUCAUUUGAUAUACAUUGUCGGAUGGUCUGUUUAUCAGAAGAUUAAAUUGAUAAGAGAGCCUACAAGAGACUUGCCAUCCGGCGGGGACUUGACUCUCGGUGAAUUGCUCAAGUACAAAUCCCAGGAAGGUGUUCGGGUUCUGUUAUUAGUUUGGGAUGAUAAGACCUCUCACGACAAGUUCUUCAUUAACACGGCAGGAAUAAUGGCGACCCAUGAUGAGGAGACCAAGAAGUUUUUUAAACACUCAUCUGUGAUUUGUGUUCUGUCACCUCGUUAUGCCAGCAGUAAGCUUAGCUUUAUUAAGCAGCAAAUUGUUGGAACCAUGUUCACACACCACCAGAAGUGUGUGCUUGUGGAUACACAGGGCGAUGGUAAUAAUCGAAAAAUUACAGCUUUCUUGGGUGGUCUUGAUCUCUGUGACGGUCGCUAUGAUACACCUGAACACCGUCUAUUUCAUGAUCUUGAUACUGUUUUUAAGGGUGAUUUUCAUCAGCCUACAUUUCCGGCAGGGACCAAAGCUCCAAGGCAGCCAUGGCAUGACUUACACUGUAGAAUUGACGGGCCUGCUGCAUAUGACGUGCUUAUAAACUUUGCUCAACGCUGGAGGAGAGCAACCAGGUGGAGAGAAUUUGCUUUUCUGAAAAAGGCUCGGUCUAAAUGGAAUGAUGAUGCAAUGAUCAAAGUUGAACGAAUAUCAUGGAUACUCAGCCCAGCCUUUUUUAUUGGAAAGGAAACCACGUCCAUUCCGGAGGAUGAUCCUAAACUCUACGUGAAUGAGAAUGACCAAUCAAAACAUUGGCAUGUUCAGAUUUUUCGUUCCAUCGAUUCAGGUUCUGUGAAGGGUUUUCCCAAAAGAAUUGACAUUGCUGAGAAACAGAACCUUAUUUGUGGAAAAAAUCUGGCGGUCGACAAAAGCAUUGAGACAGCAUAUAUCCAGGCAAUAAGAUCAGCUCAGAAUUUCAUAUAUAUUGAAAACCAGUAUUUUCUUGGGUCAUCAUAUGCUUGGCCAUCAUACGAAGAUGCAGGGGCUGAUCAUCUGAUCCCGAUGGAGUUGGCAAUGAAAGCUGUCAGUAAAAUUAGAGCCAAUGAAAGGUUUGCCAUAUAUGUUGUUAUGCCAAUGUGGCCAGAGGGAGACCCCAAGACAGCUACAAUGCAAGAAAUUCUCUUUUGGCAGAGCCAAACAAUGCAUAUGAUGUAUCAGGUCAUUGCACAAGAGAUUAAGUCCAUGCAACUAGAUGCUCGUCCUUCAGACUAUCUAAAUUUCUAUUGCCUUGGCAAUCGGGAAGAUGUUCCAAGUUCAGUAAGCCAGUCCAUUAGCGUCUUGAGAUACAAUCAGGUUUCGGAAUCCCUCAAGUUUCAGCGCUUCAUGAUAUAUGUGCAUGCCAAAGGAAUGAUAGUGGACGAUGAGUAUGUCAUAGUGGGAUCUGCUAACAUCAACCAACGAUCUAUGGCUGGCUCAAAAGACACCGAGAUCGCUAUGGGAGCCUAUCAGUCCCAUCAUACUUGGGCAAGGAAGCAGCGUCGCCCUCAUGGCCAGAUCUAUGGAUACAGAAUGUCACUGUGGGAAGAACACCUUGGAAAGGUGGAGGAAUGUUUUGAGGAGCCGAAUACGUUGGAGUGUGUGAGGAGAGUGAAUAAGAUUGCACAAGAUAACUGGAAAAAAUUCAUAGAUGGGAGUUUCACUACUCCCUUGCAGGGUCAUCUUCUAAAGUAUCCUCUGGAUGUGGAUACAGAUGGGAAAGUAAGCCCACUGCCUGGAUGUGAACAUUUCCCAGAUGUUGGGGGCAAAGUAAUUGGAUCAUACUCUACUACUAUUCCUGAUGUUUUGACAACCUAAUAUUUUGCUUUCUAGUGAAUGGCAUUGUAAAGGUUUGGUAUAUGAUUAGACAAUAUCGAGUUCAUAUGAUGAUCUUAGUAUGAUAGUGUUCUGGUAUAGUGUCGGCCACUUCCAGUUUUGGAUUAGGGCUUAAGAAGAUUGAGAUUGACCUGUAAAGACUUAAGAGGGUCGGACCAGAGCUAGGGCCACAAGCCUAUGAGGAGGAGGAUCGGGAUCAGUCCUAUACAAGGCGAUUCAAGUCCGGGUUUGAGUUGGCUCAUAAUUUCCAUGACAAGAAUGUAAAUCUAUUAGGUAGAAGUAGUGCAAAAAUAAAGUGUGAAGAUGGGAUGUAAAUAUUGAAUGUUGUAUACAUAUACUUGUUAAAAUAGAAAAAAUGAACCUAGCUUGAGGAUUUUUAAUUAA